AUGGUGAGGUUCUGGAUCAGAUUGCCCAGAGAGAUGGUAGAUGUUCUGUCUGUGGAAGCAUUCAAGCAUUGUCAUCAUCAGGUUUCUCCAGCCAAUGGUCGAAACAGAUUGCCUACACCAUCUCCUGAGCCACCUCCCAGUAUUGUGAGGUUUGCACUGCCACCUGAGCACACAAAUAAUGGAUCAGAUUCCUCUGAUUCAGAGUACAGCUCUCAAACCACAGUGUCAGGCAUCAGUGAAGAGCUCCAUCAUUAUGAGGCCACCCAAAGCCCUGUAGUACCAGUCCAUCAAGUAGUAGUGGAAGCCACUGAGAAUCCUGUCUUUGCAAGAUCCACUGUGGUACAGCCAGAGUCAAGGCAUCAGUCAAGUCCCAGAUUGCAAUCAAAUCCAGAGGCCAGCACACAGCAAGUGUGGCGUCAGGGCAGACAACCCAAGCGGGAAGUAAGGGAAGGACUGCGACCACCUCCGUACCGCCCUCGCAGGGAUGCUUUUGAAAUUUCUACUGAAGGGCAUUCAGGACCUAGCAAUAAGGAUCGCUUGAGCCACAAGGCUCGUUCUCAUAACAUGAGAAGCCCAGCAUUUGGUGCCAUGGGUGUUUCAGGAUCAGCCUACUGCCAGCCUAUCACUACUGUGACUGCCUCAGCUUCAGUGACUGUUGCUGUCCACCCUGCUGUGCACAGCCACAACUCUCGCAGGGGGAGCUUUCCAUCCUGUGAACGACACCAUGAAGACAACCAUGGGAUGUUUGAGGACCCCCAUGUGCCUUUUAAUGUGCGGUGUGAAAGAAGAAAUUCUAAAGUAGAAGUUAUAGAGCUUCAGGAUGUCGAAUGUGAGGAGAGGACAGCUAGCAAAAGCUCAGAAUAAGGAUAGUAACUGAAGGAAGAGGAGGCCAAAGAUUGAAAACUGUAUUUCCAGAACUGCUUGAAGAGAACUGCUCGACAUUGUAGAAAAGGACAUGCUGCAUCAGGACAACAGUUUACCAUUACUGUAGCCUAUUGUAUUAUUUUGUUAAAUAUGUCUUUAAGUAUUUAAAAGAUGUACACAUAUGUAAUAUACAAGAAAACAAUGUAAAGUAGUGUAAUCUGGAGUCAUUUGGCUUCAAACAACAGAGUGGGGACAUUAUCAUUUGUGCUCUGUACUUAUUGUACAUUGAUCUCUGUGCCACAACUAAGCUUAAUCUAGUUAUAAAUUUCAGCAUAAGUUGCUGCUGCUUAAAUAUUGUAUAAUUUACUUGUAUAAUUCUAUGCAAAUAUUGCUUAUGUAAUAGGAUUUUUUUUUGUAAAGGUACAUGUCUGUUUAAAAUAUUUUAAAUCUGCAUAUCACAACCCUGUGGUAGUAUGAAAUGUUACCGUUAACUUUCAAACACGCUAUGCGUGGUAAUUUUUUUAAAUAAGCAGAUAUGAAGAAAAGCACGUUAAUCUUGGAUGCUUAAAUAGGUUUAGCUAUGUGCAGUUUUUGUUUUGCUGUAUGUAUUGAUGUGCGCAUCUGGAACUGUGCAUGCCUGCAUAUGUACGUUCCUGGUGUACCAUAGUUUCUCUUUCACUUUAUGAUGACCCUCAGUGGGCUUAUAAACCCACUGAUGCUGAUGUGAGUCUGUCUUUCCCUCUUAGCAGGCAGUAGUGAAAACUGCAUUGGUAUUUACUACCGUAUACCAUUGACUGCCAUCAUCAAAGGCCCAAGAUAAAAUGGAAGAGAAGACAGGGGCCAAGGUUUGGGAUUGUGGUUCCACUUCCUACACUAUGAAUGACUUGGUUCACAUGACUUUGGUCAAGUCAUGUAACUGCCCUGUGCCUCAGUUAGUGAUUCUGUAAAAUGGGUAUAAUUAUGCUUACCUACCUCCCAGAAGAGUUAUGAGGCUUAAUUACUGUUCAUGAAGUGCUUUGAUGUUUUUGUGAAAGGUAUCAGGUAAGUGCAAACAACUAUGAUCAUUAUUUUGUCAUUUCCAAAGGUGCUGGUAGUUACAGAAAUUCCAUGAACUUUAUCUUGAUGUUGAUACUGUUAACUAUGAGUGGCAUUAGAAGCUGAAUAAUGGAGUUGUCAGAUGGGUAGCCACAGCUCAGCUUUGUCCUUAUGGUAUUCAAAGCAGUAUCUUCUGUCACCUCGUUUUCAUGGCAGAAAGGAAGUUAAUAGUAAGCGAUAAAAAUCAAAUGGAAGAAUAAAAAAGUAUAUAAAAAUCUUCUGUUUUCACUUACUAAUAUAAAUUGCUUUCUUAUUGGGUCCAGGGCUGUAAUUAAUGACACACAAAGCCCGGGAUGUUCUUUUUUCUGUUGUUUAUAUUUUCCCAUGCUGCAUUGGCACUUUUUAAUUAAAACAGCUUAAUGGGGAUCUCUUUGCAAAACUAAUUUAGCUUUUUGUAUUAUUAUUUUUUAACUAAAGAUGGAUUGCUGCAGGUGAAGGGUCUGGAAAAAAACGCUACAGUAUGUGUUCUGGUUGGAAAGAAACUCUAAGAAUGGAGAACCUUAGUUUAAAACAUGAGAAGAAAAGUUUUUAUUUUCUCUGUCAUCCACCUUCUCCAUCUAUUUUUCUGCCCUUCUACGAGCAAUAGAAAUGCAAAUAUAUUUUCAGAGCCAAGUAAACAUGGCUAGCCUUCAGUUUCUGAACGCAGUACUGGUGAGGCUUUUCUGUAAGUGUGAACGGCAGCGGUUGAUUCUUGGAUGGGAAAGGGUAUUUCUCCAGUGACUUCAGGGAGUCUUUGCCCACAGACCUUCCUAGCGCAGCAAAUGGGGAUAACUAGAAUGCACAAGUUUCCAUGCCUUUUUGCUCACUUGAAAACACUUUGAUAUGAGGCACUUGUUUACAGAUCUCCAAUGUGAACGCUCGAAGAGCAGGUGAGAGCCUGGUAUUGUUCCCAUGAUACAUAAGCUACUGUUUCAGUGUACACUAAGGGUUAAUGUCGCAACUGCCUACUGGUCCAGUUCACUGUCUAGCCUGAAAAACCUUAAUGACAAAAAGAUGAGGGGCCCCAAUUUAGCACUAGCAGCUUAGUGACCUCAGAUCAUAAAAACUCUGCAACAAAACUGUAUGAUACUAAUUGGAAGCUACCUUCAACUGCCAAGUGUGUGUGUGCUCCUGUGUCGGAGGUCAGCAGGGCUCCCACUGACACCACUGUUGCCUGGCUGCAGGGCUGAAGCCUUGCUCCCUUCUCCUCCUUGGGGCAGUGGUGGCCAGGAACGGGCCAGGAGAGCACAGCGUCUCCACCUGCCCUGGCCUUUUCCUCCUCACACACACCUGUGCCUGAAUAGCUGCUGCCUCUGCACAAUGUGUGCCUUCUUUCCAACAUCAAUCACAUUGGCCAGGGUUGAACUCAGUGGCUGGCAACGUUUGUUUGAGUUUUGCUUUUUUAACUUUUUUAAUCAUGGGUGAUAUUUAUAUUUUUGUAUCAUAAGAAUGUUUUCUUACAGUAUUUGUCAUGCCAGUUUAUAACAAAUGAAAUGCAGGGAUUUUAUUUCUAUUGGAAACACUAUUACAGCUAUGUUUUUACUUUUUAAUGGAUUUUUAUUUGUAUAGAGUGCUUACUAAUGUUAAAUAGGAAAGAGUAUAUAACAUUUACAUUAAGAACUCUUCGUAGCUUUUAGUGUAAGGAGUUAAAAGGAAAAAAUAUUCAAACUGGGUCUCAUUGCCUGCCUGUUUUGGUAGGAGUGGGUUUGUGUCAUUUCAGUUACAAAGAUAAAAUUAUGCCAUAUAAUUUAUUUAUAUGAAAAUUUAUUUUUGUAGUGUACAUAGUAGUCAUCAAGUCUUUUGACAGAACUAUAUUUUUAAAGAGUUAUAUGUAAUGAUGAUACCAAUAUGUUUUGGAACACUGCUGAGAUGUGAUUACGGUGCACACUUUUCCUUGUAAACCCCCUAGCAGAAAAGAAAGUGUUUUAACAGUGUUAAGAGAGAGUGUGAAUAUUCAUACAAUUCUGAACUCCGUUUUAGUUACCAUUUGUGAUCUAGUGUGGUUCUCAUUUUAAAGUUUGAAUUGAAACUGUAAAACUCUCUAAAUAUUAAUGUUCAAACACUGAUAGAAAUUCUAACAUGAAUAAAAACUAUUAUAACUUACUGGU